AUGGCGCCAAACAUGCGGCCCCUCGCAGCUCGUCCUUGCGCGCCGGGUCUGGCUCGCGGCCCUCGCUUGACGGUCCCCGUCUGGAUAGGACGGGUCGCGAAGGCAUCGCGGGUCCCAGCUGCAAAGGCCGGCGGCCCAGGCGGCGGGAACAGCGGUGGCGGGAGCGGAUUUGGGGGCGAAGGUGGCGACGACGGGAGCCAUGGGGGCCAUCGAUGGGUGUGGAUGUUGGGCGCCAUGGGAGCCCUCCAGAUUCUGGCACCGGGAGCAUCGAGGGCAGAUGAAAUUUCGGACAUGGUGGAUCGAAUUUGGGAGUGGCUGGGGCCAAUCGUGAAACAGCUUGGAUACAGUGGGGUCAUUGGACUAAUAUGCGCUGGAGCAUUCAAGGUUGUGGGUAAAGCCGUGGCGAUCGCUGUUGGACUCUCCUUCAUCCUCCUUCAGACCCUGGAGCACUAUGGCUACAUUGAAAUUGACUGGAGAAAAGUUGAAACCAAGAUCAGCAAGAAAUUGGAUGUUACUGGCGACAAAAAAUUCAACGAGGCGGAUUUGAAGACGAUCAUCACCAAUGUAUUGCGGACAAUGUCAAAGGGGAUCCCCAACGCCACUGGGUUUUGCGCUGGAUUUUUGAUAGGACUCCAGGUCAUGUAG